GAUCGGGUACCAAUACCGAUACCAAUACCUGAAGUAGGUUACACGCAUGCGUCGUCAGCCUGUGACAUCUGUAUCGGUAGUCAAGACUACGGAAGUCGCCUCCAUAUUGGAAGUCUUCAUCCCCGACUUCAGGUCGUCUUGCUAAAGGUUAGAUGGAAUGCCGUUUUGUUUAAAAACACAGCAUGCAUUUAUUCUUCAAACAUUUUAAUCGAUAUAACGCUUCUGAAUCGAUAAGAGCGAGUUCAUUUUACCACGACAAUGUAGAUCGUUUGUUGGUUCAAGUUCUGUUUGAUUUUUGUGUUCAGAAAUGUCAAGCGAAACAAGUUUUGAGAGAGACAGCACAUGGUAAGUUGAAUAAAAAUCGCAUUAUGGAUUAGAUUUGAUUUAAACAAAUACGCAUUGUAUGUGUGAUAUGUUAAUAAACGUGCUUGCCAGAAUUGACGUUCAAAACACGAGGUGUUAAAAAUCUUGUCUUGUACACGAUUAUGGUUCUUUUGAUUUAUCCAGCAAUUCAAACGCCAGCAGAGUUUCUUCUGCAUCUAAAAUGUCUUCUUCAUAAGCUUCAAGGACUAGAGCUUCUUCUAACGAGAUGUCCGCGAACGCCAUGUUUUACCGGUAUCCGUCUUCAACAACUUACAACUUCAUUUACGCACGACGGAAACGACUACGGCUGUGGAAGAUAUUGGUACUGGUAUCGGUAUUGGUACCCGAUC